GUUUAACUCGGGAAAUGUGUUUACCGGUAGCUCAGAAUCUAUGGCCCUCAAAUUCAAAUCUGGACCUUGAAGCCAGUUCCAGUUUUUUUUCUUUCUAAUCAGGGAAGGGUUUAGAACUGGGACACCAAGGUGUGUGCAAUUAAUUAUCAGUUAUAACAGAAGUCUGAACCUCAUAGGGAAAGAUCUGAAUACCCCUGCUCUGUAGCUUUCAGAAUCUAUAGCUUUUGAUUUCUCUCUCUCUUUUUGAGGUGAUGUCUGGCCCACAGGUGGCUCUGGUCACUGGUUCCACGUGGGGCCUGGGGUUAGCCAUAGUGCAGGCACUGUGCCAGCGCUUUAAAUGGGAUGUGUAUCUGAGCGCCUGGGACGUCCAGAGGGGGGCCGUGGUUGUGGAGGAUCUGCAGAGGGAGGAACUCAAGCCCAGACUCCUCCAACUGGACAUUACAGACCCGGCCAACAUCCUGGCGGCAUGGCAGCAUUUCAUGAAGGAGUACGGGGGUCUGGAUGUGCUAAUCAACAACGCACACAACGCACGCAUCGCCCCAAGACGUAACUGCACAUUAUUAAUGACUUAACAUUCACUCACACAGUCUGACACACUGGCUGCUUUCACACAGGCAGCCCAAUUUUUUUUUUUUUUCCCACAUCAGAUUUUUGUCAGAGCUAAUUUGAUUGUUCUUUUUUUACUAAUUGUAUUUUGACCAGAGUUGGGUUGCCUGUCUAAAUGCAGCCAUUGUGCCAUUGACAUUUAAAGUAAGCGAAUAGCUCCCUCUAUGUCCAGAAGGUGACCCUGCAUCCUUCGGCAGCCAAGUAGAACACAUUCUCUAAACCAAAUUCUUCGCCACCAGUGACAUGUGCAAUGAGCCUCUUCCUCUCCAUGUGUGUUCUCCGGACCUCCAGAAAUGACAUCGCAGAGGAGGAGCUAGUGGCUCUGAUGAAGUGCUUUGUUGCCACGUCAGCAAGGGCUGGCCAAAUUCUGGCUAUGGGUUGUCCAAAAUAGGCCUGAUGGCACCCCAGACACCCCAGAGAGGAUCCAGCUAAACCCCUGCUGCCCGGGCUGGGUGAAGUCUGACAUUACCUAUACCAACGGGACUAGGACGCCCGCGGAGGGGUUGGGACUAGGACGCCCGCGGAGGGGUUGGACACACCUGUACACCUUAUUACAGACACAGGCUGAGCAUGCUGGGGCAUGAGUGAGGCAUCAUGGAUCCCGAGGAGCAGGAGCUGCAGAAUGACUACCGUUACCGUAGCUACGCAGCGGUCAUCGAGAAAGCCCUGCGGAACUUUGAGUCGUCCAGCGAGUGGGCUGACCUCAUCUCCUCUCUGGGCAAACUCAACAAGGCCCUGCAAAGUAACCUGCGCUACUCUCUGCUGCCCCAGAGGCUGAUCAUUGGGAAGCGUCUGGCCCAGUGUCUGCACCCGGCCCUGCCCAGUGGAGUGCACCUCAAGGCCUUAGAGACCUAUGAGAUCAUCUUCAAGAUCAUCGGCACCAAAUGGCUGGCCAAGGACCUCUUCAUCUACAGCUCAGGACUGUUCCCGUUGCUGGGCCAUGCUGCGAUGGCGGUGAAGCCAGCCCUGUUGACGCUGUAUGAGCGCUACUACCUCCCCCUACAGAGGGCCUUACUGCCCAGCCUACAGGCCUUCAUCACUGGACUACUGCCUGGCCUGGAGGAGGGAGCUGAUGUCUACGACAGGACGGAUGCGUUGCUACUGAGGCUGUCUCUGUUAGUGGGCCAGCAAGUGUUCUAUGGUGCUCUGUGGGGCAGUGUGUUGGUCAGCCCUCUGGUCCGGCUACCCGCCUCUCUCUUCAUCGUCACACACUUCGACCGCUUCACCCCACCGCGCCAGCAGAGAUGCAUGCUGGGCUAUAACAACCGCUUGGUGAUGAAGGCGUUGUGUCUGUCUCUGCAGGACUCUAAUGUUCUGGUGCAGAGGAACAUGUUGGAGAUCCUGCUAUACUUCUUCUCCUUGGCCACCUGCCUGGACCCAACAGAAGGCAGUAUUCCUAUGACCAGGGAGGACAUGAUCACAGUGGUGUCUGCUGCUUCCCUCACGCUGCUCCGCAGAGACAUGUCCCUCAACAGACGCCUCUACGGCUGGCUGCUAGGCACAGACAUUAAGGGGGGUAUGAUUGCAGCAGACCCUGACAUCUCCAUGGAGGAACACACAGCCUUCUACUUCAACACCCACUCCAGAGAACUCCUAGUGCAGGCUUUGAUCAACAUCCUGAAUCAGAAGGAUGUGGAGGCAGACCCGGAGAGCGUGAUUGGUUAUCUCCGACCCUUCCGCAUCAUCAUCAGCCUCAUGGAUAAGCCAGAGAUCGGUCCUCUGGUGGUGGGCAGUGUGUUAUUGGAGGUGGUGAGAGCGUUCUACAGCUACUGCAGAGAGAUGCUGGGAGAGGAGUCUAUCACCAGCACUGGCCUGACGGGCAACCAACUAACCAGUAAAAUAAAAGAAAACAAGAACGCGUCAGAGAUCAUAAAGACAGUGAACAUGCUGGUGAGCUCCAUGAACAGUGAUUUCCUGUGGGAUUACAUGACCUGCCACUUCUGCACCUGCCUCAGUGACCUAGCUGACCUGCCGCUACCCACUCUGCAGUAUCAGAGUGCCUCUCCUGCUCCCUCUGUCACAGAGAUCUCCACACUCAUCAUAUUUCUAAUGGAUGUUAUCCCUCUGGAGCUCCAUGCUGACAUCCAGUCUCAGUUCCUGCCCCAGAUGUUGUGUCGCAUGCUGAACGCGCUCUGCACCCACAUGACUUCCCUGGACUUAUUGGAGCUCACGCAAGGCCUGCACGCCUGCUUCAAGGUGCUCAGUAAGAUCCAGAUGCCCGUGGCGCAUAUGGACAUGGAGGAGUCACAGACACAGGAAGUGGAGGCACAGGAGGAGAGCUUUGAAUAUGUUCAGGACGUGGACAAGGAAAGGGAUGAGGAGGAUAAUGAUGAAGAUGGUGGUAAGGUCAACGGUAACCAUGACAACACAGAACCAGAGGAAGAACCUAAACUGAAUGGGGACAUGGAGCACGAGACUGGUCCAGGAGAGGGAGAAAGCCCCUUCCUGCCCCUUCGGUCUGAAGACAGCGGAUUGGGCAUCAGCGCCUCGCCGUCAGAGCUGCACUUCCUACCAGGGGCGGGCCUGGGCCCUGAGGAGGCAGGGAUUGUGAAAGAGGGCGAGGGCGUGUGGAGGAAGGGGGGCAGUGUGGAGACCAUAACCCAGUAUCUGCAGGAUAUCCUGGCCUUCAUCACCAGCAGGUACCUGCUUGUUCAGGUGGAGGAUGUCAGGGGGCAGGAGGAGGCUGUACAACCCGACCCCGCUGCCCUCUCCCCUGGUCUGAAGUCCUCGUUCCGAGAGGGCCCUCAGAUCACCACCACCCAGAUCAAAGACAAGCUAGCCGAGCUCUUCACCCCCAACAAACACAAACCACGUGCCACCUCAGACCCCCCUGUCCCAGACCCCCCUACAGAGAGGAAGAAGGGGCGAAGGUGUGCAGGAGGAGGGGUGGACUGGGGGGCAGGGUACAUGCCCCGGAGCAGGGUGGAGAUUUCGGAGGAGUGUCGACAGGCGUUCACGGCAGCGUGCCACCUUCUGUUGGAGUCUACCACCUUCCCCCUGUACCUGAGUGGGGGGGAGAGCCAUGGGCUCUAUAACGACAUGUUCAACCAUACAGGAAAUGUGCUACCUGAAACGUUUGACCUGGCCCCGUCCGCAUCCAUCUGUGAGGACAUCGUCUGCCAGGCUUUAUUGCACAGAGACAAGGCUGUACGGUUGGAGGCCCUACACAGGUUCUCAGUGCUGUGGCACCUGACCAGGGACAUCCAGUCAAACUGGACCAUGUCUCUGAACCGCUCAUUUGACCGAUCUCUGUGUGUGGUGGUGGACUGUCUGAACAGCCCAGAUGGUUCUGUGAGUGCUGCAGCCCAGUGCUGGCUGGUCAGGGCUCUCUCCCUGCAGGACGUUGUCCGCAUCCUGGAGCCUGUUCUGCUGCUGCUGCUCCACCCUUCCACCCAGCGCUGCACCAUCCAGAGUGUCAAACAGAACCUCACCGCAGGUAUUCUGAAAGAUUUAAAGAGCAGAAGUCGAAGCACUACCAAUGGUUACACGAACGCCAUGACAACCAGCACCCAAACAGAUGAAGGUACACUGGGUCACAUGAUCCUGGUGGACCGGGAGGCCCUGUGGGGGGAGCUAGAGCAUGACCCGGAGACAACCAAACCACCGGCCGACUCCACGGGGGUGUCUCGCAGCGAUAGCGAAGCGACAGAGGAAGAAAACGAACCGGAGGAAGAGGAGGAGGAGGAUGAGAGUGUACACACCGAGUCGAGCGGCGUCCAGGUCUCCACGGAGAACUCUAGCUCUGGCUCCGCCCCUUACGGUAGUAGUGUAGAAGAAGGAAGCAUGGUCAACGGCCUGAGGAGGGUGGAAUCGGAACACACGCAGGCGUCUGAUUCGCUGUCGAGCGAGGAGGAGGAGGACUUGGAGCUUGAAGCCAUGGCUCGGUCACGUCUCCUCAAACAGGAGCGUGAGAAGCGGGAAGCCAUUGACUCUAUGUUCCGCCAUGUUCUGCUGUACUCUGUGGCCGGCGGCUGGCCCCGUCUGCUCCACGGCCUGGCCCUGCUGGACAGCCUGUUGAGGAGCAGUGCCCAGCAGCCUCUAGUGAAUGCCCUCUCCUCCACCUCCCUGGACACCAGCUCAGCUGCACACCUCAAUUUGGUCUCCAACCUGCUCCAGCGCCACCAGCAGGCCCAGGACGGAAGAGGCUUCUACGGACGCCUGCUCUUGCCCAACGCUUCGCCCUCCAGUCCCCUCUCCCUGCUCAUCGAGCUGAUGGUGUCCCUGUGCCUGAAGUUCCUGCGCUCCCACUACCCAUCCUACCUCACUCUGGACCCCGGGGAGCUCCAGGGGAACAGGGAGGUCCAGGUGAAGAGCGUGGGGGUGCUGACCCGCCUGGUGACACAGCUGGGGAUCGUGGCGCGGGGCCAGGGAGACACCUCCACCCAGGGGGAGGCUGGGGUCAGCCCAGAGCCCAUCUGUAAGCUGCUGGCCAGGUGUAAGGUGCAGCAGUACGCCCUCCUCACCCUCUCAGCCUCCAUGUACAUCAGCCAGAGAGGAACGGAGAAGGGCUCUGCCAUGGGGGGUGUAGAUCUGUUAGAUGAACAGGUGGGUCUGUCUGAGGAGAGCCUGGUGAAUCUGGGAGGGGGAGGGGGACAAGAGCAGUACCCCUUACAGAUGGAGCUGCUCAAGCUCCUACAGGCCCUCAUCGUCCUGGAGUACCAUGUGUGGCCAGGGGAGUCUGGUUUGACCCUGCACUCCGAUGAGCCCCGUGACUCCCAUGCCUCCUCAGCACUAGCACGGGAAUGGCAGACAGCGGUUCUGUUCCAACAGUCCAUCAAGGCAGCUCAGUACGUCCAAACCCAGCCCAUCACAGCCCAGGGGAUGUUUGUGUCGGCUGCAGCCCGGGCUCUGCAGCCGCAGUACGGCUAUGCCAUGCACCCCCACUGGGUGGCGCUGCUUUGCUCGUCUCUGCCCUACCUGGGGCGCUCGCUGGGCAUCAUUGUGGCUCCUCUCAUCACUCAGAUGUGCAGGAACCUGGACGAGCUGGUCAAACAGUACGAUCACGACGGGGGGAAGGCUACACAGAGUCUGAUUGGCAGGAAGGAGAACAUCGCUCCUGAUUAUCCUCUCACCCUACUGGAGGGACUGACCACACUCACUCACCACUGUCUACUGGACAACAAGAAGUCCCUGGUGGCUUGUGACCCUGCAGACGUCCGGAACGCCCGCAACGCUGUGAUUGAGGAGCUGCCGCACAUGCUCAGUAGCAUGGCUCUGCUGUGGGGUGUGGUCAAGAGGGAGGAGUCCCAGAGUAGGGGCUCAGACUAUUCCCAGACCGCCAGACACACCUCUACUUCUGUCUACUUCAGGAGCUCCAAGACCCUGAGACAGCGUGUGUUGGAGUUCCUGACUCCUCUGACGGGGCAGUACGGGGUGCAGCUAAUGGCCUCAGUGGGAGCUGUGUGGAGCAGCCGGAGGAGCAGGAGGAGACACACCAAAAACAAAAUCUUACCUGUGGCCAGUGAGUCUCGUCUGACCAUCGUGGAUCUGGUGAAGUCCUUGGGCACGCUCAGUACAGAAAAUAUCCUGCAGAUGGUCAAAGAGGUGGUGAAAAAACCCCACCAGAUCAAACGAGACCAGAAGUCCACCCUGGUAGACAUCCCAAUGCUACAGUUCAGCUAUGCCUACAUUCAGAGUAUUCCGGCACAGGCACUCCAGGAGAACAUGGCGCCCCUCCUCACUCUUCUCAGAGAGUCUGUGCAGCUCAACCUGGCCCCGCCCGGACACUUCCUGCUGCUGGGGAUCCUCAAUGACUUUGUAAACCGGCUCCCCAACCUGGACAAUAAGAAGGACACUAGGGAUAUGCAGGAGGUGACCCAGAAGAUCCUGGAGGCUGUGGGCGGGGUGGCGGGGUCGUCUCUGGAGCAGACCAGCUGGCUCAGCCGUAACCUGGAGGUCAAGAACCAGCCUCAGGUGUGUCCUGAGACAGAGGAGCCAUCCGACGAGCUGGACCUGGACCUCUAUGACUCUGAGGCUCAGGCCAGCACCAUGGUCUCUUCCUCAGCCCCUUCUGUGUACAGUGUGCAAGCCCUAGUGCUAUUGGCAGAGGUUCUAGCCCCUCUCCUGGACAUGGUGUAUCGCAGUGAUGAGAAGGAGAAAGCCGUCCCUCUCAUCUCUCGCCUCAUGUACUACGUCUUCCCCUACCUGAAGAACCACAGUGCUUACAACAUGCCCAGUUUCGGUGCGGGUGCCCAGCUUCUGAGCAAUCUGAGUGGGUACGCCUACACCAAGAGGGCCUGGAGGAAAGAGGCCUUCGAACUCUACAUGGACCCCCUCUUCUUCACCAUGGAUGUCUCCUGCACCCCCCACUGGAGGUCUAUCAUCGACCACCUGCUGACCCAUGAGAAGACCAUGUUCAAAGACCUCAUGAGCAUGCAGAGCAGUUCUCUGAAGCUGUUUCCCAGUGCAGAGCAGAAGCCCAUGUUACUGAAGCGUCAGGCCUUUGCCAUGUUCAGUGGAGAGUUAGACCAGUACCACCUCUACCUGCCCCUCAUCCAAGAGCGGCUGACAGAGGCUCUGCGUAUGGGUCAGACGCCCUCCGUCUCUGCUCAGAUGUUUCUGACUUUCCGUGUUCUUGUGCUGCGGAUCUCCCCCCAGCACCUCACCUCCCUCUGGCCAAUCAUGGUCACAGAACUGAUCCGAAUAUUUGUUCGACUGGAAAAAGCCUUGUUGGACGAAAAAGAGGUGUCAAAGUUGACUAAAGUUGUACGUGGAGCCAUGGGGAACGGGCCAUUGGCUUUCCCCCAGCCAGAGUUGGACAUGUACCUGUCUGCAUGCAAGUUCCUGGACACCGCCCUGGCCUUCCCCCCAGAGAAGAUGCCCCUCUUUCAGAUGUAUCGCUGGGCCUUUGUUCCAGAAGUGGAUAUGAGCUGCUACAGUGGCCCAGAGAAUAGUCUCCUGGAGGGAGAGCAGGAGUGCAAACCCCAUAUUGUCAAAGUACUAGAGGCACUACACCAACGCUACGGAAUGCUGAACGGGCUGAGCGAGGAGUCAUCUACGGAGCGUCUGGAGUUCCCCCUCCUCACCCGUCGCUUUCUCACCUCCAUCAUCCAGCUUGCUCCCUUCCUCCAUACACUCUGCUGUUCCUUCCAGGGCACUUCACCCAGCAGCCCUCCAGAUUACCCUGUGACAGACUACCCUGCAGCCAGCGCCGACCAAGUCCUGAAGAGACUGGAGCACAUCACUGAGGAAGAGUUCCUAGACUCCAUGGAGAGUUAGAACUCCACCAAGGAUCUAGAUCUUAGAACGUAGAGGAAAUGAGAACUGGAACCAUAGAAAUGGAAUGUGUAGAAUGGGCACAACCACUGAAAGCAAUGUUGUAUUGUAGGCAUAUACCAGCUAAAUUGUCAUCUUUUGGGAUGUUCUUUUGAAUUUUGAAUUGUUUACGUUACCUGGUUGAGAUUUAACACAUCUAUAUAGGAUAUUCUACAUUUGAGAUACUCGAAAAUAAUCUAGAAUUAACUGACACCAACUGGAAUGGCAGUUGGGGCGGCAGGUAGCCUAGUGGUUAGAGCGUUGGACUAGUAACCGAAAGGUUGCAAGAUCGAAUCACCGAGC